GCAAAAAGAGAAGCGUGGUAAAUAUACUGUAGAAAACGAGGCACGCGUGCACGAAAGCGGAACUCUGGUUGUGUUGUAUAGAGUUUUGUUUUCUUCUCAUGAAAGAUGGCAGAGAGUAAAUUUGGGCCUAUCAUUUCCCAGUCUGCGGGGCGCCCAAACCUGCCGCUGAGGAAGCCGGCGCCCAACCCAAAUUUAAAACCAAGUAGGUCUGAGAAGGGAAGCGAGUCUGCAUUGUUUGCAAAAAAGAACUUCAGCUUUUGCCAGGUAUCUGAAGAGUUUUUGGCAAAAACUGGCAGUCCAUCAAGAGAUGCCCCUGGAGAUGCAAAGAACGUGAAUAGAAUGGAAACGAAUAAAAGUGGAAGUGCCUCCUCAUGCAAUGAAGAUAUGUGUGCAGGACUGAGUUGUGAAUUAAAGCUGAACACCAAUAAAGAACAGCUUUCCAGUCCCUCAGAAAGUUUGUCGUCUGCUCACAGCAUGAUGCAGCUUCAGUCUUUGUCCAGUCUGAAGAGUGUUAGUUUUUGUCAUUUUUGUGGUCUGAAAGGGCCCUUAAGAUGCACGCAGUGUAAAAAGACAAACUAUUGCUCAGUGAGCUGCCAGAAGGAGGACUGGCCAGCACACAGACAUGUGUGCAAGCAAAGAUGUCCGAGCGAGACUCCCCGGGGGCUUCCAGUGGCAUUGGCAGGAAGUAGAUUAAAGGGUGCUACACAUAAGACGGCCGUUGUAGAGGCAACUGCAGAAGGAAAAAGGAUGAGUCUUUCAGAUUUGCAGAAGCUGGAGUUUGAAAAGGGGACUGAAUUGCAGGCAAGCGUAAUUGAAUUUAAGACCCCAGGGAAGUUUUUCAUUCAUAUCAGGACUGUGGAGAUCAUGGAGUCACUGAGAAAAGUCACCUUGGCGCUUCAGAAGAUCUACGCCAAAACAAACAGCAGUAAUGACUAUUUGCCUGCAAAGGGGGAAGUGUGUGCUGCUAAAUAUUCACAAGAUCAGAACUGGUAUAGAGGUCUGGUGCAGACGGUUGAUUCCAGUCUGAAAAAGGUUAACAUCUUGUAUAUUGACUUUGGGAAUGAAGAGGAUGUUACAUUGGACAGGCUUCAGCCCCUUUCCAAAGACAUUGACCCCCUCUGGCCUUCUGCUGUGCAGUGCAGGGUUGCUCAGCUGGUUCCUGUCAAAGGCACAUGGAGUGAAGACUGCUGUAAUUCAACAAGACAGAUGCUUCUGGGCCAGGCCUGCCAAAUAAGCAUAGUGGAGACGUUGCAUGGGGAGGCAUCUUUCGCUGUUCAUGUCACUCUCCCUAAAAUAGGAAAACAGUUAGACAGGUAUCUGAUAGAACAAGGAUAUGCAGCGAAGGAGGAAGAUGCAAAGAAGAGCCAGGCUGAGUGUGAUAUCAAUACCAUUUUGAACACGGCUUUAGAAAACUAUAAAAGCAACGUCCGUGAAAGGAAUGAGAACAACCAAAGUCCGGUUCCUGAGCCAAUUACCCUUUGCAUUGAUGAAACGUUUGUUUCUGUUGUUACACACGUGACUUCGCCGGAUGAUUUCAUCCUUCAGCAGCUACAGAAUGCAAGUUUAAUCCAGGAACUGCAGGCACGCCUAAGAGAACAUUGUCUGCAAACAUCUGCUUCUGUGGAUUUCAGGCCUGCUCGAGGAACCACUUGCUGUUCACAGUUUACAGAGGACAACCAGUGGUACAGGGCCACUGUUUUAAGCUACACCUCGAAGGACAGGGUUUGCGUGGGAUACAUUGAUUUUGGAAAUUGUGAAGAGCUGAGUGUGGAUCGGAUUCGUCCAGUCUCUGAAAAGUUUUUGCAGUUACCUAUGCAGGCAAUCCCUUGUGCGCUGGCAGGUGUAAAGCCGAUGUUGGGCGUUUGGACACCCGAAGCUGUUCUGAUAAUGAAGAAACUUGUGAGCAGUAAAUUUCUUCAAGCCAAAGUGGUGGGCCGGAAAGAAAGAAAAGCGCUGGUUGAGCUGUGUGAUGAGCACAGUGAUCCACAAGCUGGUAUUGCUGAACUGCUCAUAGCAACAGGAUACGCUUCUGCUGCCGACGAGGAGGAGGAGGAGGAGAGUAAAAAACACAAAGCUGAUUCAGUUGUGAAAUCUAAAGACCCUGCUUCCACUGUGCCGUUACCAGAGAAACUGGAUUGGACUAGUGCUGGAUUACCUGAUAACCAAGCUGUGGAUGUGGCAGUCAGUGUAUUGCACAGCCCAGGGGAGUUCUACUGCCAGCGCUGCAUUGCUAGAGAUCUGCAGGCGCUGAAUGAGUUGACUGUGGAGUUAUCACGGUACUGCCGUGCAGAGAGCAAGCUAUUCACACCUGCUGUCGGAGAACCUUGCUGUGCCGUUUUCCCAGGUGAUGGUAACUGGUACCGUGCAAUGGUAAAGGAAGUUGCCUCUAAUGGGAAGGCAAAGGUUUACUUUGUGGAUUAUGGAAACAUAUGUGAGUUAGCAGCUGACCAGCUUCGUCCCAUUGUUGCGAAAUAUUUGAAGCAUCCGUUUCAAGCAGUCAAGUGCUGGCUAGCAGGUAUUAAACCUGUACAAAAAGACUGGACCAAGGAUGCGAUUGCGAGGUUCCAAGCCCUCACAAGGGGGACUCAGCCUAAAGUUCAAGUGGUGUCCAAGAACAAUAGCGGAUUUGGCAUUGAGAUGAGGUGGAAGGAGCAGAGCAUUGCCAGCAUACUGGUCUCUGAAAAGCUGGCUGUUGCAGAGAAUGCCAACAUUGCUGUAACACCAGUGGCUGCACCACCAGCUACUCCUCACACAGGCGGUUCGUUUCCUCAUCGGUGGAAGACGGCUGAACUACCUCGUAACGAAACUUUUCAACUGCACAUUGCAGAAGUGAUGAACCCCAGCUUGUUCUUCGCAAUGAACAUUGACAGUCAAGUGGAUAUGCAGAAGUUACAACCCCUUAUGGUCGAACUGGCUGAAUACUGCAGCAGCCAGAGCCAACAUGCAGAACUGAAACCAAAGGCAGGAGUGGCCUGCUGUGCCAGGUUUUCAGGUGAUGAGAACUGGUACAGAGCUAUUGUUCUGGAGACGUUUGACACUGCUGCAAAGGUUAUUUAUGCAGAUUAUGGAAAUUCAGAAAGUGUUGAAUAUUCCAGCAUUCUCCCCAUUCAAGAAAAGCACUUGGAGCUCCCUUUUCAAGUUGUGAAGUGUGCACUUGCAGCAGCACAAAAAGAGAGCCCUGGAGAGUGGCCACAGUCGUCCAUAGAGCAGUUUAAAACACUGUUGCAAGGCAGGAAGGCAUUUGCAUCAGUGCAGGACUUUGAUGGAGAUUUGCACACCGUUAACCUGAAGAGCUGUGCAGAGGAUGGGUCUGUUAAUGUGGCUCAGAUGAUUAUGGAGGAUUUAUCAAAAUCCAAUCGUAGAAGUACUACUCCAGAGAGUGUAGCUCAGACGAUUGUGGAGGAUUUAACAAAAUCCAAUCGUAGAAGUACUACUCCAGAGAGUGUAGCUCAGACGAUUGUGGAGGAUUUAACAAACUGCAGUGCCGCUCCAACAACCACUGAGCCUCGGCCAACCUGUCAGACAAAGUGUUGCUGUGCACACCUGAGCCAAAAAGUUGAUAAACUUGAAAAGCUUCUUCUAAUGGUGGCAGACAAACUCCUGGAUCCCCAAAAGAAUUGCUAAGUGUGCAAAGCGUAUUUGCAAAUGUAGUGGGACUCAAUGGGCACUGCUUCCUAUGUUCAUGGCCACGUUAGCUCGACCUUGUAAAAUCUUAAGUUUGAAUGAAACGAUUGUUGGUGGAAAUUAUUGGGCAGAAUUGUGCCGUUGCAUUUUAUUUUAAGGAAAAAGCAUUAAAGCUGGUAAAAACAAUAACUAACUGUAAGCAGUUGGAAGAAGCCCUUGUCCCAGUACCAGCACUCCGUGUUUAAGUUUAAAAGGUUUUUUUUUUUUUUGGUUUAGUGUCUAUUGGUCUUGAACAAUGAGAGAAUGAUAACACAUAGUUCAGGCAGUUUCUAGGCCUCUGUGCAAGUUUGCCCGAUGCUAAUCGGGUGCCAUUCACCGGGGGGG